AUGCUUUCAUUGUUCUUACAGACCUGUGUUUCACUAGCCUCCAUGAAUGAGGAUACAACCUCUCCUGCAGUCUACCAAUGCAUCAUGAAGGGCCUCGAGAGGCUGCUUAUAUCGCAAAUCCCAAGCUCACACAUAGCAGAUAUUUUAGUGAAAUUGAGUAUGGAAAGGCUCUGUAUACUUUCCCCUCAUUAUUCAAUACCUGCCCUCGGACUAUUGUUAACUUGCCUGUACACUGGAGAAGAUAAUCACCAACCAACAGAUGAAUCAACUGGCCAAUUGGAGCUCCAGGAUCCUGAGAAGCUUCUAACAGCUAUGGAACGGGUUACAGUACUUUUUGAUAGGAUAAGGAAAGGGUAUCCAUGUGAAGCACGGAUUAUCGCAAAAGUCAUCCCAGCAUUCUUGCAUGAUUUCUUUCCACCGCAAGAUAUAAUGAACAAGGUGAUUGGAGAGUUUUUAUCCAAUCAGCAGCCUCAUCCCCAACUCAUUGCCAUGGUAGUAUUUAAGGUGUUUGAGAAUUUGCAUCGGAAAGACCAGGUGCAGCUUGUGCAUGAUUGGGUUUUGUUGUCGCUGUCAAACUUCACCCAGCGAACGCCAAUAGCAAUGGCUGUAUGGAGUCUCACCUGCUUCUUAAUUAGUGCUUCAACCAAUCAGUGGAUAAGAGCUUUUAUGCCAUAUGUUGUGAGUCGCAUGGGAAAGCUUGAACUCAGAGAUAGGGAGCAUUUCUGUGUUGUUGCUAUCGACUUUUUAAAGAAUCAGAUUCAUGAUGAGUCCAGUAGACGAGCUUUUAUUAGUACAUUCCAGCCUGUGGCCCACAAGAAUACCCCUUAUGCCGAUCUGCUAGCCUGCAUAAAAACACCCCCUAUGCCGAUCUGCUAGCCUGCAUAAAAACA